UUUAGCGCUUUAUACGUCAUCAUCAGGAGCCGGAAGUGAAACGCGCGUUAUUUUGAAUACAAAGCAAAACAAACAGUCGCGAGCUUUAUUUUCAAUCUUCAAAACCGUAAACUAACACCUUCAAGCAACCAAAACAUGUCAAAGAAAGCACCGAGAGCAGCCCUGAAGCUCCAAAUGAAGAAGAACACUAAUAUACGGAUAGGAAAAAACGCAGACUUGAUGGCCCAGCUCAACCUCCUGGUUGUCCUGCAUCGUCUAGCGGAAGAGUCCAGGGUGAAGGCCUUUGAGGAGAAAUCAGCAACCAUCAAAGUUCACCAUGUCAGAGCUGUUGCGAAGAAACUGUUAAAGAGCACACGUGGAUGACGGGAGCUCCCCAUCACACCCCUUUAUUUGUUCAGCAUUCACCCUGUGACCUACAAUUUACUUAAAGACUUCAGAAUGUGUGAGCUAUGGACUGUCUAAGAUUAACAUUUUACUUUUAUUCUUUACUUAGAACUAAUAUGUCUACAAUGGAAUUUACGUUGCCUUGUCUCGGCGUUGUGCCCAUUAUUAGGCUGUGAUCCAUGAUCAAUUUCUCUUGCUUCUAGUUUAGUGUAAAUCAUGUAUGAUGGACAGUAUCUAGCUAAGAUAUCUAAAGCGACACAUGUGUCCCUCAUCUUUUUAGAUUGUAUUAUGUCUUAAUACCUGUUAAUAAACAGUUUGUACCACUUGUAA